UUUCGGUUUGGUUUUUAUCUCGCGGAUAUUUAUGAUUAUAACUUCAAUAACACUAUUGACGAAAUGAACUACGCUCUUCAAAUAUUUUUAUGCCUUUUCCCCCCCCAUUGUUUAGGGAAGGAAUAACAUCCUGAAAUUUUUUCCAAGUUUUGAAUAUUGAAUGACUAUUAGGAAUAAAAGAAAUGGAUACAACUAUAAUUAAGACUGUGGGGUGUCCACUUGACCAUGAUUUUUUGAAAUCAUGGGAACGCUUCAAUUUAGGAAGUUCUCAUGAUUCUGAUUACUCGGAGACAACUAAUGAAGAAACUAAAAUUAAGCAAGAUGAGUGGAUUGAAGAGUUCUCUUUUGACAAUGUUUCAGAUUCUAAGUAUACGUUUUCUGAAUGUUCAGAUAAAAUCACUGAAAUAAAUUCUUUGAAUAAAAGUAAUUCUGAAAGUAUUUUUACAAAGGACAAGCCAAAUGAGGGAGACAUAUCAUUUAAAAAUAAGGAUUUAAUGAACUUUGUAAUAGAGAUUGAUGCUAAAUCUACAUUUUCUAAACAUUCAAAUAAAAAUGAUGAAGCUGCUUUUCAGAAUAAAGAUGAUACUAAGAAACUUACUUUUGAGAAUGACACAGAAGAUAUUGAAAAACUGUUUUCUUCUUUGUCACUCAAAAAUAAUGAAUUAUUAAAUAACAAUUAUGAAAGUGAUUCUGAUACAUCUACUGGGUAUGAAUCUAAUUCUGAUUCUGAUGAGCAAGGUCAAUCAGCUGUCUUAAGAGAACGGUAUCCACAAAGGCAUAAUAGACCAGAAAACAACAAACAAUUGAGAAUAACUCCUUUUCCUCAGAAUCAUGCAAAAUUUUGUAACCAGCAUUUUAGAUCAGAAAAUUCACAAACAUCUGUGAAUAUUAGUCCUAUGUUUGAUAACUUCAAUGUUUUCCAUAAUGGUUGUAAUUUGCUAAAUAAUAUUAGCAAUACAAAUGGUGAAGAAUAUGAUGCUUCUUCUUCCAUUAGAACAUUUCAUUCAUGUUUUCCCAGUUCGGAGUCUGUGACUGGUGAAGUUUUUGAAAAUAUUUUUUUAAGUAGAGUGGAAAAGCAAAUAGUUAAUAAUGUUAUUCCAUGUAGAGCAACAAAUAAAAUAAUUGAUGAUAUUAUUCCAUAUAAAAACACGACAAAUCAAGUAAUUAAUGGUAUUAUUCCAUGUGCAGUUAUGGAUGAGAUAUUUGAUAGUGUUGUUCCAUCUCCAAAUGAUAUAGGUAAUGAUAUAUUCUCUGCAGAAAUAAAUGAUAUUCCAAAUUAUAAUAAUUUAGAAGAAACAUUCUUUUCUGAAUCAAAUGACACAAGUUAUAAUGCAUCUGAUGGAGAAAGGAAAACUGUUUUAGAUUCUCAUUUUGAAAAUUUGCCUUCAGAAGAAGUGGAUCAGAUGCUAAAAGAGUUUAUAUUAAAAUUGAAGUCUGAUCAUUUUUCUAAUCAAAGUUGUGAGAAUUUAUCUGAAAACUUUCAAUUGCAUGAACUGUCUAGUAAUGAAUUGGAAAACUUUUUCGAUAAUUCUUCGAAAUCUAACCAAAAUAAUGUUUUCGCUUUUAAGGAAAGCAAUUUUUCAAAGCACAAUCAACAAAAUUUUGAUACAAAAAUUGGACAUACGGAUUCUUUCUUAUCAAAAGAAAACCUUAAAGAAACUUCAAUGCAUUCAUAUUUAGCUAAAAGAAACAAUGUUUUGGGGAAAUUAAGUAAAUUCCAUGACAGUAAAUCUGGUAACUAUUCUAACUUGAUUUCUGAGAAUAUUUCAUCAAUCAAUCGUGAAAGUUUAUCACAUAAAACAUCUGAUUUUGUGAAAGUAUCAGAAGAAAUUGAGCACAAGAUUGUAAAGUAUAAAGAAAUGGAUAGGAUCAUAAAAGGGCAAAAGCCUUUACCUUUACACUCUGAUUCUGUUACUGAACUUAGUUGGGAUAUGUUUCCGUUUGUUGAAAUUGAUGAUAACUCAAUUUCAGAAUGUGUAAAUACAUCACCUAAUAUUUCUCAGUACAAAAUAUCUUGUAAAAAGAAUGACUCUAAACAGAAGCAUACAAAUGAAACACAGAAAUCAUUGUCUAAAGUUGAACAGCCCAAAAUUUGCUGUAUGAUUAGAACAGUUGCUAGAGACAAGCUUUUUCAAUCCCCAUCAUUUUGUAUAAAAAAAUGGCACCUUGAGAUUGAGGAAAUAAGACAGCAAAUUAAAAGUGGCCUGUUAAGAAAUGAAAAAAAGAAAAUUAUUCAUUACUUAAACAAAAACAGAAGAACGAAGUAUAGAGGAACAAACUUGCACCAUGCUAUCCGAUCAGAAAAUAUAGAAAAAGUUUUCUGCAUUGUGGAAUACCACAAAAUGUGCCAUGAAACAAUACCUGAAAUAAAUUUAAGAGAUUCUGACAAUAAGACAGUUUUAGAUUAUUCAAAGCAGAAAGGACUGGAUUUGUUGACUGAUUAUUUGAGAGAGAAUAAUGCAACAGAAUCAAUUAAUGUUUAAUUAGAUUUAUGUUUAUAUAAUUGUCAUUUUUUCUUAUUCUUAUUUUCUUUUGCAAAGCAAGAUUUCCAAGCAUCAUUAUCUUCUAUGAUAUAUAUAUAAUUUUUGUCUAUUACUACUAAGUAGUUAUUUUAAAUGACAACAUUUUAUAUAUAAUGUUUGGGUUUUAUUUGACUUGUAAUGAACUUCAUUUUACUUUAAUAUAAUGUGCAAUAUGCAAGUCCAUUUUAGAAUUUAAAAAAAUUAGUUCAAAUAUAUUUUUAUUCUUGUUACUUUGAGAUAUUAAAAAGGAAGAAUGACAUAAAUCAUUGUUUGCAUGUUUAUAUGUAUAAAUGUUAAAUAUCAAUUUUGUAAAAUGUUGAUUUAAAUAAAAUUUUAAUUUCUUUAUUACGGUGUCUUGAUUGUGCAUCUAUAUGUUGAAGAAGUAAACUGCUGUAAAAGUACCCAAGCAGAUAAUUAAGUAAAUUAAUUUAUAGGCUUUAAAAUAUUUUUUGUUUUAUUUCAAUAUCUGCUUUUAUUUAUAACAAUUACUAUUUUUUUUACUGGACUUAAGUGAUAUUAGGCCAUCUAGAAAAAAACCAAAGAAUCAGUCACCCAACCCCAAUUACUGAUACACUUUUGCCAAGUUUGUUUGAAAAGUUAUGAUUCCUAGAUAAACAAUCAGUUCUUUUUUCCUUACCACUCUGUAUCUCAGAAAAAUCUCAAAAAUACUAGUUCAUUGUUUAUUCUCUAUAGGAAAAAAAACCACUGAGUGUUCAUCUAAUAUUCUACUUUUUAUUUGGAAUGAAAACUCAUGACUGAUAGAUAAGUCAUCAGUGAUUGCCUAUUCCCUUCCAUUUUCAUGAGAAAUCUCAAAAAUAGUAUUUCUACACUCAUUCACAAAGCAAAAAAUUCUGACAGAAUCUCCAACCACAACCAUUGUGCAAAUGCCACCACUUAAUAUUUUAUAUGAAAUAUCAUGGCUCCUAGAAACUUCAUCAAUGACCACUUAAUUAUCCCCCCCCCCUCUUCAAUUUCAAGUGAUACCGUAAAAUAAACUUUGACAGAGCCUAGAAUCUUAGCAAUUAGAGUAAUUUUGCCCUUUU